GAUUUUUCAGGGGAGCUUCCGAUUAUAUACGAGGUGGUGGCUUUUUGCUGAAAUUUCGAAACUUUGUUUCUUCAAUCUUGAUGCUAGCAAGGGGUUUUCGAUAACAAUCAAUAUGAGACAAAGAAAUAUGAUGACUGGUUUAGACAUGGAGCAGGAUUCUCAAAGCUUUGUUCCCUAUCCUGAACCUUGCAUCGGAACUAACUAUCUGUAUCCAGAUUUCCCACCCGUGAACACUGUUCCUCAUUUAGAAGCGCAUUCUCUGCAAGAACCUUAUGACAACAACUCAAUGUUCUACGGGCCUCCACAGUACCAUCAUCAACGUGCUUCAAAUCUUGGUUCUGGCAUGUCAACCGCACCAAAUUUCUAUGUCCCUUAUGUGAAUCAUGAAGCUCCACCGAGUUAUCUGUUGUCUCAUGGAAGUCAUGGUGCAGUUGUUGGAGUUACGUCCACUGAACAGGAAAGAAAUGCCCAUUUUAUGGAUCACGGAUACAAAAGAAAGAGUUCUGAAGUAAUGCCUGGAAAUUAUCAGUAUCCAGUUGCUCCGUGUCCUUUCCCUCAAUUGAAUACACCGGAGACAGCACCUAUCUCAUUCCCACAGUUUGGUACUUAUCCACAACCACAAGAUCAGAGAAGUGUGAGGAACAGAGCAGGAGCAGCUACUAUGGAUCCAGUUCUCUCUCAUGGUCAUAACAACUUCAGUCUUGGAAACUAUCCAGCUCAAGGAAACUAUGCAGCUCAUCCUUUUCCACCUCCUGGCUCAAUCUGGUAUGACCAACACUGUAAUGGCAACAGAUCUGAUGGAUCAUCUUCGCUUUGGUCUCAAGCACCCGCUGUACCUUAUAUGCCUGGUAACGUUGCUACUGGAUCUAUAGACUCUGGUAAUGUCUGCUUCCCAAGAUACCAUGAAACAUCUAGUAGCAGAAACCCCACACCAUCUGUAUACCAAAGGAACCACUAUAUUAGCCAUCACCCAGUACUUCCUCCUCCCAUUGUAUACCCUCACAUGCCUUCAGCCUCAUACGCUGAGACUCUGCAUCCUGCUUCAUACAGUCAUGUGGGACAGAAUCAAUCAACCGGGUUCAGGGUAAACCAAUAUCCCGGAGAAGAUUUUGUACCUGCAGCAAUUUUAAGACACCGUGAAUUGAAUCACCUUAGAGCAAUGCCCGCGAAUGAAGUUGCACUGUGGGAGGUAGGAGACUUCUACGAUGCUGUUAAUUAUGUCGAUCAUCAUCAAGACAUGCGCUUAGAUAUAGAGGAUAUGUCAUAUGAGGAGCUUCUUGCUUUGAGCGACCAGAUUGGAACUGUGAAGACUGGCUUGUCAGAAGAAGAUGUUAAAGAUCUUCUGAAAAGAAGAACCUCGUUAUCGACCAGAAUCAACCCGGAAGAAGGUCCAUCUACCGAUCAAGAAACUGAUUCUUGCACGAUAUGCCAGGAAAACUACAAGAACCAAGAUAAGAUCGCAACGCUGGAUUGCAUGCACAAAUACCAUGCAGAAUGCUUGGAGAAGUGGUUGGUUAUCAAGAACGUUUGCCCAAUCUGUAAAUCAGAGGCACUGGUCAUGGAGAAGAAGAAGAAGCUACGGUUAAGUAGUAGAGGAGAAGAGGUUGCAGCUGAUUCAACCUAAGAGAAGGUUAUCACCGAUGGUUUUUAAGACGUUUUUUAUCUAUUGGUUUUAUAAGAGAGAAACAGAGUCAGGGUAUGUUUCAGCCCCAAAUUCUGUAAAUUUGUACUUUUGUGCACAUAAAAGUGACAGUCUAAA